AUGGCCUCGGUACCCUCCGCCGGCUGCCUCCUGGCCAAGAACCAAUACUACAGAACAAGACAGAACUCGGAAUCCAGUGUUUCUUCCAGCUCCUCCUGCUAUUCGGAUGCUGUGAACAUUACAGACCAGGACAAAGCAUUUCAUGGGUUACCUGAAUUAAUUGAUAAAUGUUGGUGGAUAAAAAGCUUUUUCCAUAGUGAACCAUCUCCACCAACUGUUGGCAGAAAAACGCUAUCAGCAAGCAG